AAUGCAACUCAGUUAACUGUGUUUUUUUGUCAUCAUAUGAUUUUUUUAAUGCUCCUGUGUUUUUUAUAUAUUUUUUUUAUUGACUUGCUUUUUGACUGAUUCGUUCUGAUUGAUCUUGUUUGUGUAUCUUAACCGGAGAAUCGGUGGAUGCGACGGUGAUUCAUACCAAUCGGUUGUUGUUUACUGAAUUGCGUAUUGAUUUGCGGUUGAUUUGUGCAGUUGCUCUAAUUUUUGUGUCAAAUUCUCGAAACGAAGAGAAUGCAUGUUGAUUUUACUCAUUUUUGUGCUAUUUCGGUAGUUUCUAUGCCGGAAUUUGACUUGUGACGUGCGUCGAUGCCGUAUCUGUUUGUUGUUUUGCUGGCAUUGUGUUCUGGAUGUGUACAUUGGAUAUGGAAUUUGUUUCACGAUGGUGUAUGUGUGAUUGCUGUUUUUAAACUGAUUUAGAUCACAGAUCUAGUCAAUUUUUGUGAAAAGUUGAUUGUAGUUUACCAUAGUGCUUUCAUCAGUGUUUUCCUAAGAAUUGUAGUAUGAUAUUUGCUAAACAUUGUGGAACAAGUAGAAUUUGUAGAUACAGUGCUUCGUGUCCUGACAUUUCUUUUUGUCCUUCCUUACAUUUUCGGCGACUGACUGUGGGUCAAAUUAACGGUGACUCAGAUGGAGCAGUAUGAAAAAGUGGAGAAGAUUGGUGAGGGAACAUACGGAGUGGUAUACAAAGCCCGUGAUCGUGUAACUAAUGAAACCAUUGCCCUGAAGAAAAUCAGGCUGGAGCAAGAGGAUGAGGGGGUGCCAAGCACUGCCAUCAGAGAGAUUUCUCUUUUGAAAGAGAUGCAGCAUGGAAAUAUCGUAAGAUUGCAUGAUGUGGUUCACAGUGAGAAGCGUUUGUAUUUGGUUUUUGAAUACCUGGACUUGGAUUUGAAGAAACACAUGGAUUCUUGUCCAGAGUUUUCACAGGAUCCUCGUCUGAUAAAAGCGUUUCUGUACCAAAUACUAUGUGGACUUGCCUAUUGUCAUUCUCAUCGUGUGCUUCAUCGAGACUUGAAACCUCAAAACCUACUAAUAGAUCGACGCACCAAUGCACUGAAACUUGCAGACUUCGGACUGGCCAGAGCAUUUGGUAUUCCUGUUAGGACAUUUACACAUGAGGUUGUGACUUUAUGGUACAGAGCUCCAGAGAUACUCCUUGGUUCGCGGCACUAUUCUACUCCUGUUGAUGUGUGGUCCGUAGGCUGUAUAUUUGCGGAGAUGGUAAACAAGCAUGCAUUGUUUCCUGGAGACUCUGAAAUUGAUGAACUCUUCAGAAUUUUUAGGGUCAUGGGUACCCCAACUGAAGACACAUGGCCUGGAGUAACAUCCCUCCCUGAUUUUAAAUCAUCAUUUCCAAAGUGGCCAUCCAAGGAUCUGGCAACUGUCGUACCAAAUCUUGAUUCAUCUGGUCUUGACCUCCUUCGUAAAAUGCUCUGCUUGGAUCCUAGCAAAAGAAUCACAGCAAGGACUGCCCUUGACCACGAGUACUUCAAGGAUAUCGACUUUGUCCCUUAAUAAGGCAUUAUCCUCAUCCCGGUGCAAAUGUAUAUUUAUUAAACGCAUGAUAUCCGGGUAAUGUUACCUGUUUUCGAUUUCUUGGGUUGUUGUUCCGGGCAAAGCUACUCUGGACUUAACAGUAGCUCGCUCUUUCACUUGCUUAUCGCUCUCCUUGUGUGGUCGUGAUUGCUUCAUUUUUGUUGGUUGAUUGUAGGAUUGGUUGGUAAGACUUUUAGAUUUUGCCUUGCUCUGUAGUAGAUAUUAUGGUUUGCUUUUGGUUGCUUCAAGUUUUAUCUUAUGCAUUGUUUUAUCUUAAGAAACUA